UUUACCAUUGCGAAAUUGCCGGAAUCCACCGACGAAAAGCUAAUCCAUCUUAAUAAAUAAACUUCGAGCAAUUUAAAAUUUCCUUUUCAACUUACUGCAGCUAAAGCUCGGUCUGAACGAAAAACUUCACCUAUUAUACUCCCUAGUCCCUAACAAUAUUUUUAUUUUUCUUCACUUUCCAACAUAAUAUACUUAGUACUUACGAAACAGUUAUGCGCGAUCGUAUAUAAAUUUUCUGCAAUGUCACGUGGUCUUUGUUUUUGUGGGUGGCAUACCUAACCUACAAGGCCUCAUUCACAUUUCGCUGGUGCGGAAGCUGUACACUCGCUUAUUUUUGUUUGUUGCAAUAUAUUUUGCAAACCAAAUUUCGACAAACUAUAUUCGAGAGAUUAUUUAUAUUCAAUAAGUUUUAAUUUUGAUCUAGAGUUAGACAUACAAGACUGGCAUCGGAAGCAUUUCUAUAAGAGAAAAUUUGAGAAUAGUCAGCGGUUGCCUCAACUGACAUUGCAUCAACUUAUUUUUAAUCAACAGAAUGUCUUUUCCAAACAAAGAGGAUAGACUGAAUUGUUGGCAGAAUCGGGAUCAGUAUUGGCAUUGUCUCGAUGAAAAGAAAUCUGAAGAUUCCUGCAACUCGUUCAGGAAAGAAUAUGAAAAAUUUUGUCCAGCCCAAUGGGUGAAACAUUUUGAUAAGAAGCGUGAAUAUUUGAUGUUUAAGGAACGAUUAGAGAAAGAAGGACUUAUCAAUAAGGAUGAAAGUAAAUCUCCAAGCACUUCAGAUCUAACACCUCGAAGAAGAUCAUCUCAUAUAUUUCCAUCUUCAAGGCCAUGCAUGACUAUGGAUUAACACUUUUAAUAUGCCAAUUUACUGUUAAGAUCUGAGCAACACUUUCCGAUUCUUUGAAGAUACUUUUUAUACUCAAAUUAAAAUAGAAUGGAGCCUGUUCAUCAACCUACAAAAACUAAAGAACUGAACAGUCACAUUGGAGAGAGGACCACAUCAAGUGUCAUUCAGAAUUAUGAAGCAAUAAGUUUGGAAUCACUUAGGAAAAUAAUUGGUUCAUCGUCUGGAAAAAAUAGUAACGAGAUAAGAGAGAAGGAUAGAGAAAAUUGGGAAUCAUUAAAAUCGAAUCUUCUGCAUUUAUUGUGCACCAACAAUGACGUAGGGAACGAGACGGUAUUGCUGACAUCUCAUGCUUAUGUUUCACUCCUAAGAGCCUUGCAUACUUGGACUGAGUUAGAAAGUAUUCUUCUAAGCUACUUUAACAUAGAAAACAGUCAAAUAAUUGAUUGUAAGAGGAUAUAUCCAGUGUACAACAUCGAACUAUACCAGUUAUUGAUCUGCCACGGGUUUCUGCAGUUGGGAAAUAACGUCGAUUACUCUCACGAAAUCUAUGAGAGGAUUUUCAACGCAGUUUACUUGCAAUGCAUCAGGUACACAAGGUACACGUACUUUGCAUUUAAAAUUCUGCAGACGUGGAUGCAGAGGACGUCGAAAACGGAUUUUUGGUCGGGCGAUACGAUAGCGCUGGAAAAAAGGCUGGAAGCAGUGAUAUUCUCAAAUUGGGAUAAUAAGAUUUGCAAAGCCAAUAUUGUAGGAAUAUUUUCGCUCUACUUGCACGCAAUGCAGCAGAAGUACAGCGAUUUUCUCGACUAUCUAUUUUACAGCUGCGUUGAAAGAAUAUCGUGGUGUCACGUUACCAAGUACGCAAUUUUGGCCGAAAUCUGCCACGCACUGGCCAGGCUAGAUCUGCUGACCGAGCCUAAGUUCAUCUCGAGCCUUUUUAACAGUCUGACUGUCAAGCAUCUAUGCAAUGCGAGUACGAAAGUUUACACGAUCAUCAGUAAUAAGUUGACAGGGGAAAUGUGGAAAGCGACGUUCGGAGAACAUUUGAGGAACUACAUCUGUACGUGGGAAGCCGAAAAGCAGUACAGCGCGCUGCAAGUACUAUGCAAAUGCUGGCUCGAGCCCGAGGUGAAGAAACGCCGAGACCUCCUGGCGUUCCUCUCGGAUUGCUGCAGUCGGGAGCACGACGACCAGAGCCUCCUCUACCUGUCCCAUCUUCUCCGCAUCGGCAAGAAAUACGGAAUACCAUUCAGCCUCGAGAGCCAGCUGGAGAGCGAGCUCGUUCUUCUGGAACACGAGGACGAGUUUGUGCGGCUCAACGCUUUCGCCGCGCACUGCUACGACGCUGGGCCCGCUUCGGUUGCGCCGAUCAAGCACUUCUUGUACUACAACGCGACCGUCGACACCGGCUACCUCAGGCAGGGCGCUCUUAACUACUUCAGGAUCUUUUUCAGCAACCUUCUCAAGACUGCAUCGGCGAGGAAGAAUCCCAAACAGGCGAUCGACUUCCUUGCUUGGCUGCGCGAGUUUCAGCUGGAUUGCUUCGAAAUGGGCUCCUGCUACCAGCGCAAGAUUUUCGGACUGCACCUGUUCAAGAUAAGUCUCGAGUUUUUGAACAAUGACAUAUGUAAGGAGGACGCAGCACUGCUGCAGCUCUAUAAGGAUCCAAAUUUCAAGGAGGCUGUGAGGUACGGACCUCUUCUUAGAAGACAGCUCCAGGAGGACGGAGCGAUCGGCUGCAACUUUACCGACAAGGAGAUCCUGGUCUUGCUUUUCAAGCUAGUUCUCGACACCGCGACCGAUAUCAAGGAGCUCGCUGCUGCGAUUAUCGUUGCUUUCUUCGAUUCUAACAUCAUUACGGAUUCAGAAAAGCUUACUCUGCUCACGACGGCACUGAACAAGUGCAACUCUUGUAAAUUUUUUGAAACCGACAGCGGCGCCUGCCUUUUAAGAAUUUUGACAACCUGGUUCCCGCUCAACAGCCAGGGCAACGACAAAACCGUACAAUUAAUGAAAUCACAGCACCCUGGCAUAGAAAACUAUCAGACUUACACGAGGUACUUGUUCGACAAAGCAACGCAGCAGUUUGAACUGGCGAAAAAAGAUAUUUUUAAAGCUGCUACACAGGAAACUCCGUUUUACGGACUCGUCCUGGCACUUUUUUUGACUGGAUUCUCUGACGGACCCGAGGCCGCUACAGUUUCGAAGGAUUUCUUGGAGCAAGUUAUCUCAAUGAUCGAGCAAGCGGUGACUUUCUUUUUGAAUGCCCUCUCUUCCAAGUCGUCGAAUUUAGAAUAUUCCUCGUCCUUUGAAGAAAUGGGUUUGGCGAUUGACGAAGCGAUCAAGAGCAGCGAAAUAAAUUAUGAAUUCGACGAGCUGGUUUUAUCUCCUGCGCAACAAUCGAUAAUAACUUGCAUUUGGAGAUCUUUGAAAGUCUUGUGCGAGUUGGCAGUGGAAGUUGCCAAAAGCAAGUGUGCUACGGAUGCAAUAAUCUCACGUGCUGGCGAUGUUAUACUGGCCGUAUCUCUCAAGUGCCGUCACAAAGGUGUUAUCGAGUCAGCCGGUAUUGCAAUCGGUUAUCUGAGCAGAUACUUGUGCCAAAAUAACGAGAAGAAGGUGAAGCUACUGGAGCAGUACGUGCAAAAGUUGCUAAACAACGACUAUUCAACGAGUCUAAAUUUGACUCGCAGAGGAGCUGGCUUGACGAUAACGUUCCACAAGAUUGUGGCCAACGACACGAGAAGCGAGAGGCAAUUGCUUCAUCUCGCGGUCAAUCUGCUGCUGCAGCGUUUAAGGGAGUCGUCCAAGAUAAAGUUCGAACAUAGGGAGCUUAGCAACUAUGACGAACCCUGCACGAUGCAACUACAUUUUUUAAAAUCCCUCGUCGCGGAUAAGCAGUUACAAGCCCAGUUGAGCCCGUACAUGGAGAACAUCUGUCUCACUUGCUUCGAGUACAUGCCUUCACGAGUCUUCACUGUACGCAAUGCAAGCCUCCAACUGUUUGGCGCAAUAGCGAACCGCCUAGUAGGCCAGAACACUGGCGCAAGAAGCGCGGAUUUCGGUUACGGGUACUCAAUCAACUACUUUGCUAGCCAUUUUCCGCAGCUCGCUGCCCACGUCCUGCUCAGCCUACAAUCCUGCUGUCAACCGCUCGACAAGAAAAAGGGCCACUGUAGCAGUAGAAAUAGCAGCAAUAUAAUUCACGUACUCUCUCUACUCUCAAAAAUGUUUCUCAGUGGUUGCGAACUCAUUGAUGGCAGUUCUAUCGCCAUGUACAUCAAGCAGCUCCGAAGCUGUCUGAACCUUUUUCUGGCCAGUCCUGUGGCUCAAGUCAGGAUUCUGGCGGCCAAGUCUUUUGUGGCGACCGUUGGACUGGUCAACAUUGAUCAGGAAAUACGCCAAUUCAAAAGUCAGAUUGCAUCGUGCAGUGAUUUCAAUAGACUGAACGGCUAUUUGUAUACCCUGGAGUAUCUAUACGAGAAACAGGAAGACGAACUGCAGAGCAUGAGCGUCAAGCAUAAAAAGAUUAGGUCGUUGCGCGAGGUGAGAAAGAACCUGGAGAUCGGGAGAAAGCUCGAGGAUCUUUGGGGCUUCUGGAGCAAAAGGUCGAUACUCGUUAAGCAGAAAAAGCUUUGUUAUGCAGUUGAAGCCCAACUGUUGAGACUAUCACGUCAUUUUAAAAUCAUCGUGGAGGAGAACAGCAGUGCAGAGUCGAAAAAGAAAAACGAUUUCUACACAUUAUAUGCGAAGACAAGACCAGGCUUCUUCGAGUUUGUCGACGAACUCAUGAGGCUCCUCGUGAGUCAUAUGUCUUACAGCGAGGACUACUCCUUUCUCAAAUUCAUACUAUCAGCAAAAUGUAUUGACUUUGGCGUAAACCUGCUUAAAUACGCGCCGAGAUAUAAUCGCACUCUACUGAUUACUAGUCUCGACUUUGCAAUUAGUUAUUUUGAUGACAGCCAUCAACUUUUGCUGGAAGAAAUCUGUGCCUACUCAAACGAGUCUAUUAGACAGAUUUUCAGGGGUAAGCACGUUCAGCUGCAGUAUGCUGACAUAUGUAAGUUGAAGAGCUUCGUUUCCAAGUUGGAGAACAGAUUCACGCGAACAAUACAGAUAUCGGAGUUGCUUACUCUCAUACACGUAUUGUCUUUACGUGGCUCUGAAACUUACGAUCCCUUCGAGGGCUUGAUCUCGUGUAUUUCCAAAGAAAAAAUAACGCUUGCUAAUUACUUUAGUUAUCCAGAGACUUUUAGACAACUAAUAGCAAAGGGCCUGGAAAUUCUUUUGUACAACUUUGAUCAUUUGAAUGACAAAAACAGAUAUAAACCAGUCUUAGCUUCUUUGAUUUUGAUGAAAGAUGAAGUGUUUUCUAUACGACAGACAAUCCGAGACAGUGUUUUGAACAACAUCAUACUAACAAAAAACUUGUCGAGCACCAAAGUUAUGGACGCAAUUUUGUACCAUACUAUGCUACUUAAUUUGGCUUCGGAGAAAACACUGCUUGGCGAUCUUUCUAAUGGUCAGACUAUCGAAUUUUUCGAAAAGUAUUUACAUGCUUCUGUAAAACACCAGUCAAGUACUUUUGAUAUAGCGAAUCCGUUUGACUGUAACACAAUAACUCCCUAUAACGAAGAGUCCAAACUGAUUAAUUUCAUAGUAUUUUGUAUGCAACAAAGAGUUACUCUGGGAGCUUUUACAAAGGGAACGGGAAUCCAUAAGAACAUCAGCGAUCAUGUAUUUAAUGCUAGACGAGAUUUUAUACACAAGAUGAAUAUUAAUACAAACAAUCUCGAGGAUGUUUUAAAUAUUAAUUAUGACAAAUAUUUAGCUCAGAAGCUAAAAGUUGUGAUGGAGAUGUACUUGAAAAGAAAAUAAAGUCAAUAUUAUAAAUUGGACUUGAAUUUAUUAUCAUUAUCAUAAAUAAAUGCUAUACAAUUAUAUGAUUUUCACAAUCAAUCAAGUUUUGUCGAUAAUGAAAAACAAUAGCAAAUCAGGACUACACAUGUAAUCAGAUUUAUUAUAAAUCAAACUUAUUAAAAAAAUAUAUAGCUAUAGUUUAGUUUCUACUUAACAGUCUGCACAAAUUGAAGCAGCGCUUAGAAUACUCAAUCAGACGUUUUCCGCUGAAAGAUUAAAAGUUCUGAUUUUACUUAUUUUUUCGCGACAAUCGUUACAAAUAGACAUGAAUUUUCAAACAAGAAAAUCCAAUUAUAUACUUAAAUGAAGCACAGUCAAAAUUCUCAGCAACUAUACGCAUACUUUUUUCGUUACAAAUUCGUCUUGUUAAAGUUAUACUUAUUUAAUUUCAUAGUGCUUUCGUGUACUCUUUCAAAAGUUACAAAUUGAAAUUAUUUACAUUAUAAGAUACUACACAACCAUUAGUUAUUUUGUGGCUGCGACUGCGAUGUAUUAGAGAAACUCCUAUACAUGUAUUCUUAUAAAAUAAAUUAGCGUUAAGAUUAUGAGCUAUAA